CCCAGCUCCAGGAAAGUCCCGCUGCGGGCCCGCAACCUGCCCCCGUCCUUCUUCACCGAGCCUUCCCGGGCGGGCGGCGGCGGCGGCUGCAGCCCGUCGGGGCCCGGCCUGAGCCUGGGCGAGCUGGAGAAGGGCGCGGAGGCCGUGGAGUUCUUCGAGCUGCUGGGGCCCGACUACGACGCCGGCGCCGAGGCGGGAGUCCUGCUCGCCGCGGAUCCUCUCGAUGUGUUCCCCACCGGCGCCGCCGUCCUGCGGGGACCCCCGGAGCUGGAGCCCGGUCUCUUUGAGCCGCCGCCCGCGAUGGUGGGGAGCCCACUGUACCCCGAGCCCUGGAGCGCCCCGGCCUGCCCCCCGACCAAGAAGCCGUCCCUGGCUGCGCCUCGCGGCGGCUUGACCUUGAACGUGUCCUUGCGCGCCCUGUACCCCGCCGCCGCGGACUCUCCAGGUGGGGAGGACGGGCCUGGCCUUUUGGCCUCCUUCGCCCCCUUCUUCUCGGACUGCGCCCUACCCCCGCCGCCGCCGCACCAGGUGUCCUAUGACUACAGCGCGGGCUACAGCCGCACGCCUUUCCCCGGCCUGUGGAGACCCGACGGGCUUUGGGAAGGGGGCCCCGGGGAGGAGGGCGCGCCCCGAGACUGACUGCCAGCUCCCCUUCCCUCACGGCGGUGCUGAGGGCAGCGCCCGCACCGGCUCUCCCCUAACUAAGCCCAAAAACGAUGGGAAAGUGCGCAUGGAGCUGAAACGGGAGUUCUAAAACAAAUCAAUUAAUAAAAGAAACUUAAAAAACAGAGACGAGGAAGAGUUGGGGGUCGUUUUACUCACAGCCUCAAGUGUCAAAAACAGACAGCAAACCCCUGACAUGUUCCUAUCAGACCAAAUGAGCCGAGAAACAGAGACGGGCUUUGGAGAGUUGGGGUGGGGAUGGAGCGACGGGAAAGAGGUGGCUUCUUUGCCACCUGUCCCUUCUCCAACUUUUCAGCAAAAGGUCAGUGUGUUUAGCAUAAUUGCCCCUUCCAAACAGUGCCCUGGUCCCUCCCCUCCCUUCCCUGCCCUCUGAGUGCAUUGUGAAUUAAAGCCUGUAUUGAAAAUAA